UUUGUAUCAAUUUUUUAUUGAUUAACAAUUUUUGCAUUUAUUUAUACCAAUAACUAGUGAUAUAUUUAUACAGCGAUUGGAAACCGCUUUUAAAUGCAGACAUAAUUAGCACAAAAAUGUGAUAACAAUUGGUGUUUGCGAUUAGUAUUGGAUUGUCUCAUGUGUUUACCUAACCGUUGAUGACAUGUCUUUGACAGCAAACACGAUGUCAUUCAAUGAUAACAAUGACAACAAUGACUCCCAUUUGAGUCCCUUUUUGAUUGACAACCAAUCGAUUGAAAUACCGGUUGACGUCAACCACGACCUCAAGAAUGGCUUGUCUUUCAACCAAUUCUUCGAUCACCUCAUGGCUAACGUGUCCAACAAUAAAGACAAGUGUGACGUCUGGAACAAUGUCUUGUUGGACAUCAUUGACAACAAUGUGAUAAACGAGUCGAUGCUAUCGGAAGUGUUGACAAUAACAGUGGAUAAUAGU